AUGCAGAAACCUCAACAUAUGUUGAGUGAAUAUAUUUGUAAGAGAAACAAGGCACAGGCAAAGCAAUUUGAGACGCUUGAAAUCGACUUUGGCAUCCCUACGCCCAUGAACGAGCUGCAGGAGCGAUUCUUUACCGACCUCGUUUUUAUCUGGCGCUUUUAUGUCGAUGACCCUUCGACAUGGAGAUACAAUUCUCCUAUAUUCAGGGUAUUAUGUGUUGCUUUCCUGCGUCUUGCAGCCUGGGAUUUUGAGGUGUCUUCCAAUUGCAACGUCGAGCUUCCGAUCUCUUUCGCGUCCAUUCCCCUUUGGAACUACCCUGACGCGGACGUCUAUUGGUUUCAUGGAUAUCUUGUUGUUUUACAGGAUGAGCUUGAAUCCAUAGCCAUGAUAAACGGAGCCGUCUCAAAAGCUGAGUCAUAUAUUGGCGACUCUCGGAUCAGGUAUGAUGACGUUCGCCUAAUUGUCAUUUCACCACGUCAUCUCGUUUUCGUGGAGCUUUCUCUCGAAAUCGUUCUGGCCUCUAGGCGCCUAGUAUUGCUUUCCAACUAUUCAGCAACCCAAUGUUCAUCUGGGUUCCGCGCCCUAGCCCGGAUUCUAACAUCAAACUGCUGGAAGAAGCCUCGCGCCCACAGGGAGAAGUGGCCUGUCAACAUGCCGCCUGAGAUUGUUCAGAUGAUUCUUCAUAAACUGGAACCGCGAGAUGCCAUAGUAUUUUCGCAGGCAUCCUUCGCUGCUGAGCAAUGCUACUACGCUCCAGAAUCCCAGUUCCAGAACAUUGACGUGCGAAGUUUUAAGUCCUCUAUACCUUGCUGCGGCAAGCGCACUGGACUGGAGACGCACGGUAUUUGUUGUUCUGAAUGCCAUGCUUGGCAACACUUGGAAUGUGUCGGUCUGGAAAACUAUUCUUCCGACCAUCGGUACGUUUGUAUGGGCUGCCAGGGAAGAGCCUGUAUGGUACUUGAUCCUGGCGGGAUAAAAUAG